UGAGGUGAGCGCGCGCAGCCUCGGGAGGUGUGUAUGGGGGCGGGGGCGCGCGCCUGGACAGGCUUUAUGAGAUGCUGAUAGAGCUCGCGAGGUGACAGAGAGCAGAGAGGAGAACACUCGCAAACAGGCAGAGUCUGUACCGGUGACAGGAGGAUGUUGACCGAGCGCUGACUCCUCCGUUUGGCACGGAGCGCCUGCAGGAGCCGCACGGAGACGCACCGAGUCCCGGGAGAGGAGAGGAGGAUCAUGGGCUCCGCUUCGUCCUCGUACCGGGUCAUUUACCUGGACGUGGAUGGCAGGAUUCAGAAGGUGGUGUUCAGCAGAUUCUGCAGCCCAUGUGACAUUAAGGAGCUGUUCUGUACAGCACUGGGUGUACCAAGGAACACAAAUCUGUCCCUGCUGGAUUCCUCUGGGGCCAUGGUGUCCAUCGACCCCACCAUGCCACACAACACAGAGAGGUCACCAUACCGAGUGGUGCCGAUGACCGGAGGACAGCUCAGCGAUAAAGAGGAACUCUUUCAGAAUGUACUGACGCAAGUGGCCGAGCAGUUUUCAAGGGCGUUCAAAAUCAACGAGCUGAAGACCGAGGUCACAAACCGUCUCGCCAUGUUGGAGAAAAGAGUUGAGCUGGAGGGGAUGAAGGUGGUGGAGAUAGAGAAAUGUCGUAACGACAUUAAAAACCUGCGGGAGGAGAUGGCGUCCAGAAACAACAGCAACUUCCUGGAAGACAACAAGAAGCUGACUCCUCGCAGAGAUGUUCCCUCAUACCCAAAGUACAUGCUGUCACAACAGACCGUAGACGCUCUGAAAAGAGCCGCCUUCGACGUGUGGCUGUGGGAGGCCAACGAGAUGCUGAGCUGUCUGGAGCACAUGUACCACGACCUUGGCCUCGUCAAAGACUUCAACAUCAACCCCAUCACACUUAAGAGAUGGCUGCUCUGUAUUCACGACAACUACAAAAACAACCCUUUCCACAACUUCCGUCAUUGUUUCUGUGUCACUCAGAUGAUGUACAGCAUGAUCUGCCUCUGCAGCCUGCAGGAGAAGUUCACUCAGGUUGAUAUUCUGAUCCUGAUGACGGCCGCUGUGUGUCAUGACCUUGAUCAUCCUGGAUUCAACAACACGUACCAGAUAAAUGCCAGGACAGAGCUGGCAGUCCGUUACAACGACAUCUCUCCUCUGGAGAAUCAUCACUGUGCCGUCGCCUUCCAGAUUUUCUCUCAGCCCGACUGCAACAUCUUCUCCAACUUUGACCCCGAGGCCUUCAAACAAAUACGACAGGGAACCAUCACUCUGAUCCUGGCCACAGACAUGGCUCGACACGGUGAGAUCCUCGACUCCUUCAAACAGAAAGUCGACAAUUUUGACUACACAGACGAGGAGCACGUCACCUGUUUGAAGAUGGUGCUGAUAAAAUGCUGUGACAUCUCCAACGAGGUGCGGCCGAUGGAGGUGGCCGAGCCUUGGGUCGACUGUCUGCUGGAGGAGUACUUCAUGCAGAGUGACAGGGAGAAAGCUGAAGGACUUCCCGUGGCUCCAUUCAUGGACAGGGAUAAGGUCACCAAGCCGACAGCUCAGAUCGGCUUCAUCAAGUUCGUCCUCAUCCCCAUGUUCGAGACCGUGAUGAAGUUGUUCCCACAGAUCGAGGAAGCAAUGGUUCAGCCACUCAGAGAGUCCAGAGACCGAUAUGAGGAGCUCAAACAGAUUGACGACGCCAUGAACGAGGUGCAGAAGAAGAAAAGUGAGAAUCUGACAAUGGGAGGGAAAAAGAAAUAAAACAUUUUGUGAAGUGAGCGACGAGCACCAAUGUGACGUGAAGCGAAAUUGUCGGGAACAUUGGUCCGGGUCGGGCUGUCCUCUGACGGGGAGCAGAGGAGCAGCAGGAGUCUGAUCUGAGCAUGUGUGUGAUGAUGGUGUUACAAACCACUGACAGACUAAAGGACGAGCAGACAGACGACCCAAAGCCUUUUUCAGGAAGUGUCAAUAUUUGUACAGCACAGAAACGUCAGUGUACAAUAUUUAGAUACACAACUUCUAUGGUUUUUUAUUUGAAAUGUGUUGUUUUUUACAGAUUGUACAGAUUUAUAGUGAGCUUUGUUCUUUCCUACAAAAAAUAAAAGGAUGACUUUAAUUAUUGAAACAUACCUCUCUUUGUUUAAUGACUCUGCUUGUUCCUGUUACUGAAAUACUUUAUUACUGCCACUUUAGGACAGUUUAUCUUUUUUAUACAACAGAAGAACAUAAAAUAUGAGCAUGCAUUACUUUUUGUACUUCAAUAUCCUUUUUUGUGGCCAAUUGCACGUAUCACUUUUAGUGUAGUUUAUCUGCGAAAUAAAGGAAAAUAAGAUCAUUUUGCAUGCAUUUUUUAAUCUAAAAGAGGAGUUGCUUGGUAAAGGUGCAUUUCAAAAUGCUCAAAAUUCCAUCGUUCAAGCAUUUGUCAUCAUUAUUUUGAGCAUGAACAAAAAAAAAAAAAAAGCACCAUCUGUUCAUAAAACACCUAUUUAUGUGAUGGAAAUCUGCCAAAUCUACCUAGAGAUAAAUACCUUCUGUUAUGGGUAGAAUUCUCAUUCAUUCGUACAAAAAGAAAGGCUUCCCUGCAAGACCAAAUUAAAAAGUUAAUGUUAAGAAGAACUCACUAAAAAAAUAUAUAAUUUUAGUGUCUAUGUUGGACUUUAAAGACACUAUAUAAAAUGAAAAAAAACACUUUGAAUUGGGUGAAAAGGAAAUCUCCAUAAAGCCUCUCAGCAGAUGGAAGCAUUAAGCGCUGUAAAAUCUUCUGGUAGACAGCUGAUAGCGUUGACUCUGGACUUGAUAAAUCACAUUGGACCAACAUUAGCAGAUGACUUGGCACCCCAAACCAUCACUGACUGGAAACAGAAAACACUGGACUUCAAGCACAGAAGGAUUCUGGCCCUCUCAGAUCUUCUUCCAGACUCUGGAACCUUGAUUUACAAAUUAAAUGAAAAUUUACGCUAAUCUGAAAACAGGACUUUGGGCCAAUGAGACCACAUGGGUCCGGUUCAUUUCCUUCUUAGUCCAGGUGAGACUCUGAUGAUGCUGGCUGUGGUUAGGAGUGGCUCCACACUAGGAGCACGACACUCGUAGUCCAUUUCCUGGACCUGUUUGUAUGUGGUGGAGAUCCACUGACUCCAGCCUCAGUCCGCUCCUUGUGAAGCUCCCCUAAGUUCUUAUCUCUGCUUUGUUUGACAGUCCUCUGAAGGCUGAGCUCAACCCUGUUGCUUGUGCUCCUUUUCUUAGCACACUUUCCCCACCAGUCUUUUGACGAAUCUGCUUUGAUACAGCCUCUGAGGACAGCCUGCCCUUUCAGCAGUGACCUUCUGUGGCUUACCCUCCCUGUGAAGGGUGUCAGUAAUUGUCUUCUGGACAAUACUCAAGUCAGCAGUCUUCCCCAUGAUUGUGGUUGUGUGUACUGAACCAGAGUGACAGAAUGAAGGCUCAGGAAACUUUUGCAAAUAUUUGGAGCGCAUUGACUGAUAAGAGCUCUUUCUGAACUGACAUAUCUGACAAGAUACUGAAAUUUAACACAAUGUUCUGUUAUCUCUAAGAUAGUGGAUCUUUGAUUUUUUUGAGCUAUAAGCUGUAAUCAUCAAGAUUAAAACUCUAAAUCAUCAAGCGCAAACUACUAUUUACUCUUUAUGUUGGAUUAUUGAAUUUUCAGGAGGUACAAGAAAAAAACAUGAAUUCAACUCAGAUGAAGCAUCUCACUGCAGCUUUAGGACACCAAUAUUAGUUAAAAAAAGGUUAUUCUCAAAAGCUUCAACCCUUAUUUGAUUUUUUCUUUGCAGUUAUUAAGCUUUGUUUUAUCAUUAUUAGGAUAUUAGUCUGAAGGUUUUUUCUUAGACAAAUCUCCUGCUUUUCAUUCCUACUGCUCAUUAACAACAGGAUGGGAAAGCCCUGUUUCAGUUGAGACACUGAAUGCACUUCCUUGGUCCUGCUCAGUCUUCUCUUCGAUGAUUCAGAGUACAAGAUUGUUAUUUAGAAAUACUUUGCUACAAUACAACUAAACCUUGUUUUUUAAAAGCAGACUGGCUGAAU